AUGGAUGCGCUCAGGUCCAACUUGCCGGGCUACUAUACGCCUCAGCAGUAUACACCAGUCCCAUUACCCACGUAUCCGGCGCCUAACUUUUCUGCCCCUUCUCCAUAUCCAAGACAUCACGCCAUCCAGACUCCCAGCCAUCUUCAACACCAUCAAUACGAUCAAAGUCAUUUAGCCCACCCCCAGCUUUCGCCUCAGGUCGUCAGCCAAGCUCAAGCCCCCGUACACAUUGGCGCCCCCGUACAAGCUGCCCAGGACAUACCUGGAGAGAGUCAUGCCGACGACGAGAAUAACAACAAUGCCUCCAACAAGAAGUCCAAGGGCGGUCCUGCACCCAAGGGCUUUGGCCGGACCUCAGCAGUAUAUCGCAUCGACGACAUGGGUGUGAAGAGACGCGUCAAUGCCGAGGACUUCCGGGCUGAGGUAGAAGAGCGCACGCGAAAUGGCGAGAGUUGUGAACAAAUAGCCGACGCCCUUAUAGCCCAGGGAGCUCAAGUCACAUCCAAGAGCGUCAGCCGAUGGCGAAUUCUAUGGGGAUUUCGAAAGAGGGCCGUCCGAAAGCAGUCGAAGCCACCAAAAGCGAAGGAGGAGCGCAUGAAUAAGAAGCAGAUAUGGCAGUCAAAAUACAAGGCAGACAUCACCCGCAUGACCCAACAAGGCCUCGAGGCAGAAGAGAUCGCCCGGAUCAUGACUAUCCGCGGAAUGCAGCUCAAGAAAGGAUCGAGCACCAUCACUCGUCUACAGACUGUGUGGAAGCUUCGUGGCACCGAAGAGUCCCGCAUCAAGAACAAGCGAUAUCUGUCAAGGCGCAAAGCUCGACAGCAACAACUGGACGAGUUCAACAAUUAUGCCCGGGAGCUUGGCCUGGAUGAUCCCGAAGAAUGGGUCAGGAGGAAGAUGGAGGAACCAGCUGUCAAGAACAUGCGCCGCGACGCCGCCUUUGAGAUGAUGGGUGAUGCUGCACCGGAGCCUAGGGAGCCCAAAGCCAAGGCAACCCCAAGCCGCCCGCAGACAAGGAGGGCAGCAAGUAGCUUCGCUCUCGACGCCCAAGUAUCAGCAACGGAUGCGAUGCAGGAUGCAACAGGCUAUGAAGAUGAGAGUAGCGACGAUGAAGACCUGACAGUAAAUCCGACUCCCGCAGCAAGAACCCUGCAAUCUGAUCAUACCCCUGUCGACACCGAGCUCAAACAAGAUUUGGUCGACAGUGACAGCGACUGCAGUGGCGAAGAUGCAGAAUAUCAACCUAUGGAAGGUGUGAAUCCAUGUGAUAGCUACGACUUGCGUGAUGAUGCAGGCCAUGGAUAUCCGCCCUUAUCAGAACAGGACGACGACGAUGAGGAUGACUUCGAAGAUAACAAUCAGUCGUUAGAUGGCAAUGGGCUUCCUAUCGAAUCUAACACCCACGCGCCUACACUGCACGCCACUGUCGGGUUUACUAACGCAGAGAUGGCAUAUGUCCCACUACCGCCAUCCGAGCAGGAUAGUAUGGAGAAAUUGAUCGGCGUGGCUGAUAGCUGUAUUGCUGCUGCACAACUAGUAAAGGAUCUUUGGCUGGCAAAAUGCUACGGUCAACCUGGACCUCGCAGUCUGACUGGCUUGCCACCUUCGAUCCGGGAUAUCGAGCUGGCUCGUCAUAGGCUUAAAGAAGCCGCCCAUGCGGCUGUCAAUGUCUUGCAGUACCCGGCUUGA